UGGAUGGCGAGACUGAAAAGUACGACCCGAAGGAUUACCUUGCUGAAUAUAAAAGGUUAUUUAAAAAAAGUAAUUUAGAGCUUGUGCUGUAAGAUUGCCAGACAAAAUUAUACAGCUCAGGGGUAUUUGCUUUGACUUGGUAAGUAAAGCGCCUCCGUCAACCGAGAUAAUGCAUUUCAAACGUCAAUGUUAUAGAGAAUAGUGUAAAAAUUGUUAUUUGUUUUACAAGGGGUCAGAGUUGUUGAUUAAUCGCUCGUGCUAAUAUUGAUACCCGAGCAAGCGAAAGAUACCAAGUGGAAUCUUGAGCGAGAACUGGAAUCUUGAGCAUUGCGAGGGUUUCAAGGCACUAGGGGUAAACAAACUUUGCCUCCUAUUGAAACAAAAAUUUUCACCACAUCAACGCUAGGCACACUAACUAUGAAAUAUAUAAAAAAAAAAACAAAUUCAAAUGCACGUCAUAAAAAAAAACAUUUAAAAGUCAAUUCUACUAGCUAACAAGAAAACAACUCAAAAUUUGUAUUUGAUUACUUUGCCCCAUGCGUGGAUAAAAUGCAACUUUCUCAGUUUUUGAACAAUCAAGAGGGCCUUCACCAGUUGGUGUGGUGAAUAAAUUAUAAACUAGUUGCGUCCGUUCGCGUCUUUUCCUACGAGUACUAACAAUAUGGGUGGGUUUCAGUAUAAGUACCUACCUGCAUUUACAUUUUGUAAAAAAAAAUCGAAAAAAAUUAUUUAUUUUUGGGACCCUUUUUUCCCUGUUGGGGUGGAAAGAGCUCGCUGUCUCUGUGGAAAUAAUCUCAGAAAGAUUUUCACAUUGAAGAAAACUAGCCUUUUUAUAAAGAAAUGCUAAUUAUUUGGCUUAGUUUCGAAUGCGUGGCUUUAUCAAUGACUGGAACUAUGUUUUUUUAUACAAAGUUGGUAGCACUGUUGUCUAAACGUCAUAUGGCUGUCAGUGAAGUGUCGAUAGUGUCAUUGUCAUUUGUUUUAUUUAUCACGAAUAUGUCGUGAUUUAUUGAUAAAAAAAUGAUAUAAAAGUUUAUAAAUCAUAGUAAAAAGUAGCUGCAAAUUUUGUGUAAUUCUACAGACGCAAGCCAUGGCCCUUCUUCCUCUUGGACAUCUUUUAUUAAAAACGACAAAAUGUUACACGACAAGGCACGUACCGGUGCGAAAAAUGAUGUCGAAACAGUUAGUCUACCACCAGUUUGGAGAUCCUUUGUGUGUUGUGAAGUUCCGGGAAGCUGCUAUACCACAGCUAGGGGAUCUGGAAGUGCUCGUCAGAAUGCUAGCUGCCCCGGUCAACCCUGCCGAUAUAAACACCAUACAAGGAAAGUAUCCAGUCAAGGUUGAUCUGCCAUCAAUUGCAGGUAACGAAGGUGUGGGAAUUGUAGAAGAUGUUGGCAAAAAAGUUGAAGGCAUUUGUCCAGGAAACAAGAUUAUUGUGACAAAACCUGUUCAGGGAACUUGGAGGAAUUACGCCACAUUCUCUAAAGAUGUAGUCAGAGUUGUCCCAGAUAAUCUAGGCCUAGUUGAGGCCGCCACACUCACGGUCAAUCCCUGCACGGCAUACAGAAUGCUGACUGAUUUUAAACCAGUCAGAAAUGGACUGGUUGUUAUCCAAAAUGGGGCCAAUGGUGCCUGUGGACAAAAUGUCAUCCAACUAUGUAAGGCAUGGGGUGUGAAAAAUAUUGCUGUUGUUAGAAAGAGGCCUGACAUAGAUGAUCUAAAGAAAUUUCUGGAGGGCCUUGGGGCUACCCAUGUACUCACAGAAGAGGAAUUAAGAACCACAACUAUAUUCAAAGAAAAGGUUGUUGCCAAACCUACUUUGGCUCUUAAUUGUGUGGGUGGAAAGAGUACCACAGACUUGUUAAGGCACUUGGAACAUUCUGGUACCAUGGUGACCUAUGGAGGCAUGUCUCGGGAACCUGUCACAAUUCCAACUUCUGCAUUUAUUUUCAAGAACUUGUCUUUCUGUGGAUUUUGGAUGACAAAAUGGAAUGAAAAGGCUGAUAAGGCAGCUAAAGAAGAAAUGAUGUGUGAUAUUGUUAAUUUGAUGUGUGACAAGAAAUUGAAAGGUCCAGUUCAUAAGCUGGUCAAAUUUGACAACUUCCAGGAAGCCAUUGGCAAUGCCCUAUCAUCAAAAGGAUUCACUGGAUGCAAAUAUAUCUUAGAUUUUAGUUAGACCUUUAAGUAUAUGUUUAUUUAGUUUAUGUUGUGUAAGUAACACACAAGGCAUAAUUUAUGUUUCACCAUAAGCUUGUUUAAAUAAAAUUGAUUAUUUUUA